UGUAAAUUUACAUUACCGUGAGGCGCCGUGCGUUCGUCAGCGUGAGGCUGGGCAGGAUGAUGGUAAUCUCUGUAAUCGUCUAGUAGCUGAUUCAACGCGCGGCUUACUACUACACUUCUCAUCAUCACGGACUCAUUUCGGUAACGAAUCGAGCACGUGCUCUUUAUAGCUUUUGCCAUGGCAGACUCGGAGGACCAAGCCAUAAAGCACUUUCAAGAGCUAGUCUCCUCUGACCUGACUGCCGUAGAUCCAACGUCCAUUCAGAUCCGUGCUAGUGCUCUAGUAGCUCGUCUCAAAGCCCUCAAUAGAAACGCAAAUGCUGCAACAAGAGCAAGCAAGCAAGCUACCACAGAGGCCCGUCAUGACAUGGAUCAGACACAUCUCGGCCUCCAGAAUUUGCUCUAUGAAAAGCGUCAUCUCGAGAGGGAAAUAGACAAGUGCCGGCAAUUCGCUUCCAUAUAUCAGGACGUACCCUUGUACUCCCUGUCAGAGUUCAGAGCUCUGGCACCCCCCGAAGCGCGCUCAGACGACGUGCUGCAGAAUGUUCAUCAGCUGAUGCUCAAUCGUCUAAGCUUUGAACUUGUCGAAAGGCAGAGACUCGAUCAAAAAAGAAAAGAACUCACAGCCCAAAAGGAAGAGCUUUUAAAGCAUAGCAAGCUUAAGCUCGCAACCGUGGAAAGUGUCAAAACGCAAAUAGAAUCACUCAUGAAGGCCGCCGCAGACAUACAGAAGAGAGUCGAUGAACUCGUACCGGCACUCCCACCGUCCACUGCAACGACUCCCGCUCCUUCUUGAACUUUUUGCAUGCCGAAUGCACUCCCGAGUUACCGAAUACCUCUCAUCAGUCCCGCGGUUGUCUAAGCAAAAUACAUUGAUGACACACAGUG